CUGGCUAUACUAAACACGGCUUUAAUGACGCACUGUGCGUCGGGAUAACGACUAGCUAUUAUAUUUGCAUACAAUCAUAUUAAGUGCUUGACUAUUUAGAUUAGUGAGUUUCUUAUCCUCACUUUCGAAGACUUUGUAGUUUAGUGGCCUUGAUAUGGAAGAUACACCCUUGUUAGCCAGUGAUAGUGAUAUUGAGGACUAAUAGUCCAAGAUUGUGAAGUAUGAGUAGAAAUGAAGAAAUGUGAUGCCUGCCGUAACCGCUCAGAGAGAGGUCCGGAGCGUACGGGGGAGGAUUGCGACCCCCUCAUUAAUCCGCCUCUAGUAGUCCAAGACGAGCCGUUUGAUAAUCCCAGUUUUGUAAGAUCGUGCGGCAUCUGCACGAUGUUCCCGUCGUGCAUGUCGCUGCUGCCGCGGCGCAGCGAGCCCCGCCCCCCGCGCCCCGGACAAACGCCCGUAGUACUGAACGUGUACGACAUGUAUUGGACGAACUGGUACACGGCCGGUGCCGGUGUGGGGGUGUUUCACAGCGGUGUCCAGGUGCACGGCUCGGAGUGGGCGUACGGUGGACACCCAUAUGCCUUCACGGGUGUCUUCGAGAUCACGCCCAAGGACGAGAGGGAGUUGGGAGAGCAGUUUCGGUUCAGACAAAGCGUCCACAUAGGUUACACGGACUUCAGUGAGGAGGAAGUGAGAAGGCUCGUCAAGGAGCUCGGCAAGCAGUUCCGAGGUGACAGAUACCAUCUUAUGAACAAUAACUGUAAUCAUUUCACGUCAGCGUUUUGUUUGGCGCUGUGCGACCGCGACAUACCGGCGUGGGUGAACAGACUCGCGUACGUCAGUUCGUGCGUGCCAUUCCUACAACGAUGUUUGCCUAAGGAAUGGCUAACGCCGGCGGCGCUGCAACAGUCCCUAGCGGUACAUUCGCGCUCCAGCUCGCCAGCCACGCCUCAAUAGCACCACGAAAGCCUGCGGUAGUGCAGUUUUGGUAUACCAAGUGUUGUGUAUAACAUUAAUUAUUAGUGUAUAUGCUAGUUGACAGUCUUUUUGGCGCAUUGUCAAAAAUUUUAGUCCUGUUUCUUAUAAUAUUUUUUAAUUUUUUUUAAAUGGUGUUGCCAGAAUACAAAAGCAACUUAUUUGACAAGCAUUUAAUACUUUCUGUCAAACUAUACUCUCUCUCUUUGUGUGUUCUCUUUCAUCUCUACGUUUUUAAGAAAUAGGACUUAUUCUUUAGUAAAAUGAAUUCUGUACCAAAUCUUAGGUUUAGAUUUUGCAUGUUUUUUUUAGACUGUUGAUAGGUCUUUCAGAAAUUGUUCUGAAAAAAGUCUUGAUACUCAAAAUAUUAUGUAGCAAGUUUUCAACGAUAUAUUUAGACAUUUUUAUAACCAUAGACAAUU